UCAAGUGUAAACUUCAGUACAGAAUCAGAUUCCAAACUUCUCGAGGAAAGAUGAGUGAAGCUCAGAAAGGACUGUCCGAUCUUGAAGCGCUUCAAAUGCGCGCUAAUGCCGUUACUGAUGAAUCUCUUGAGUCUACGCGGCGAAUGAUGGCAAUGUGUGAGGAGAGCCAAACAACAGGAGCAAAGACGAUUGAAAUGCUGGAUCAUCAAGGGGAACAACUUAACAGAGUGGAGGGAGGGCUGGAUAAUAUAAACGCUGAGAUGAAGGAAGCUGAGAAACAUCUGACUGGAAUGGAGAAAUGGUGCGGACUCUGUGUCUGUCCUUGGAACAGGCGAAAGAAAGUGAAGGAUAUUGAUGAGAGUAAAUGGGAGAAUACAGGAGAUGGUACAGUUGUCAGAAAACAACCAGGAUCAGAUCAGAGAGAUUCUGAAAGAGGCCAGGGACCUUAUAUACAAAGGAUAACAAACGAUGCUCGCGAGGACGAAAUGGAAGAAAAUCUUCAGGAAUCAGAUCAUGACGAUUAUUUGGCUGCUAGGCGUCUCUCGCAGAGAAAUCUACAGGACCUAGACCGUAUAGAGGAAGGCCUAGAUAUAAUCAACAACGACAUGAAGCAGGCAGAGAAGGCUCUCAAGAGAAUGGGUCAAUGCUGCGGGUUUUGUUUUAACCCCUGGAAAAAGCCGGAGAAUGAAAAGGAGGGAAUGAAUUAUGACGGAACCUGGAAAAAUGUUGAGACUGGAAGCACUAGUGUUGAUCACAGUCGGGUCAGGCCGAAAAAUAAUGCAGACUCCAAGGGAGGAAAAUAUAUUACCAAAUACUUAGAUGACAACAGGGAGGAGGAAAUGGAAGAAAAUCUUCAACAGGUUAGCGGAAUACUGAACAACCUGAAAAAUAUGGCGAUGGAUAUGAACUCAGAACUUGAAAACCAAAAUGAACAAAUUGAUAGGAUUACUAUCAAGGCCACAAGCAAUGAGAACAGGGUGACCACAGCCAAUAAGAAAGCAGUUCAACUUCUUAAGUAGUUUGGGAGUUUAGAAAAUAAUUUUAAAAUGUCCACAAAUGAACUGAUAAAAGAAAACAGUUCAAAGCGACUAAAUAUGUAAUUCUAAACUAACCCUCUAUUUACAAAGAGGCAUGUCUGAUUCAGAGCGGUACCUUUAAAUCUUACUCUGAUGAUGACGGAGAAAUUCUAGUUUCCCACGAAAUAUGACAGUUGG